AUGCAACAGGCACGCUGGGUCAAGACACUCCAAAAGACCGUUCCUACCUGCGCGUUCCGCGCAUCCAUCACAAAUCCUUUCGGCAAGGGCUCUCUGAUCUCCUUGCUGCGCCAGUUUUCGUCUCUACACGCAGACCGGAAACAGAUCAGCGUCGGUCUUGUCGGCUACCCCAACGUCGGCAAGAGCUCGGUCCUCAACGCCCUCCUGGGCAAGAAGGCCUGCACGGUCGCCCCCGUCCCGGGUGAGACCAAGGUCUGGCAGUUCGUCCGUCUGAUGAAGAGAAUCUACCUGAUCGACUGCCCGGGCAUCGUGCCGCCCGACUCGAACGCAUCGCCCGAAGACAUUCUUCUCCGCGGUGCGGUGCGAACAGAGAAGGUCUACAACCCGGCACAGUACAUUUCUGCUGUCCUGAAAAAGACGAAGAAGCACCACCUUGCUCGGACCUACGAGCUGAACGACUGGACCGAUGCGACGGACUUUCUUGACCAGUUGUCGAGAAAACGCGGCCGGCUGUUGGCUGGCGGUGAUGCCGACGCCGACGGCAUGGCGCGCAUCGUACUCAAUGACUUUUUGCGCGGAAAGAUCCCAUGGUUCACCCCGCCGCCGGAGCUGAGCCCGGAGGAUCAAAAGGCAGCCAGCCAAAAGGGCCGCGUCCGCGACGAGGCAGCCAAGAAGCGGAAGCGCGAUGACGCCGACGGUGAGGCUGCGCCGAGCACGACAAAGCUGGCAGAGGAAGAGACUGUGACAGCAGAUGGCGAUGCAGAGGCGGAGAAGGCCGAGGACGCUGAGGAGUUCGGUGGCUUCGGCACCGACAGCGCACCCAGCGAUUUUGGCUCCGACGACGAGGACGACCUGAUUUCGUUGGGCAGCAUCAGCGACGAUGAAAGCGACUACGGUGACGCCCCUGAGACGGCGGGAGCCAGCGAGGACGAGGAAGAUAAGGAGGACGACAAUGACGAGGAUGCAGAGGAGGUAGACGGCGGCCUGGCACUUUCCAGUGACGAGGAAGAGGCGCCGCCAGAGCCACAACAGAAGCCCAAGGCGAAGCGGCAAAAGAAGUAG